AUGGGUUUCCCCGAUUUAAAAAGUGAAGCUGGUUUAACUUCAUUAAAUAAUUACUUGGCUGAUCGUAGCUAUAUUGAAGGUUAUGUACCAUCUCAAGCUGAUAGUGUAGUCUUUGCUGCUCUUUCUGGUGCACCUUCUGACAAAUUGAAUCAUGCAUUGCGUUGGUUCAGUCACAUUUCAUCAUACGAUGCAAAUGAAAGGAAAGCAUUUCCCGGUGAUAAGAAAAGCUUAAGUUCCUAUGGACCUGCGGGUAAUGAAACAGAGGACAAUAAAGACGACGAUGAAGAAUUCGAUUUAUUCGCAUCUGAUUCUGAAGAUGAAGAAGAAAAAUUGAAGCAGCAACGCGUGGAGAGUUAUCAAGCCAAGAAAGCAAAAAAGGCAGCUGUAAUUGCCAAAUCUAGCUUGUUACUAGAUGUGAAACCAUGGGAUGACGAAACUGACAUGCAGGAGAUGGAAAAACAAGUUCGCGCUAUUGAAGCAGAUGGUCUAGUCUGGGGAGCGUCUAAACUUAAGCCUGUUGGGUACGGUAUUAACAAAUUACAAAUUGCUGCUGUUAUUGAAGACGACAAGAUUAGUACGGACUUCUUGGAAGAACAAAUUACAGCCAUCGAAGAUUUAGUCCAAUCAAUGGAUAUUGCAGCUUUCAAUAAAAUAUAAUACUGUUACCGAUGUCUUAGAUUCAAACGAUAUGACGAUUUAUCAUCUAUGCAUUUGCUAAUGCUAUAGCUUGUAAUUUCGUUGAAUCAGUAGACUUUUCAUAUGUGAAACUUGAAAGGAAUAAACCUUUAAAUCAAU